CCUCCCUCCAUCUUCCUUCCUACUCUACAUGGCCACCCUUUCACGCCCGCGUAUCUCAUUGCAAGCUCCAGAGGGAGACGAACAGCGACAGCAGCGACUACUCAGCCUCGACAUUCCUACCCCAUUUCCGAGGCUUCCCGCACGAACGGAACAGCCCCAAAGGAGAACUGCGCCAGCAGAAGAGCCCCUGCGCGAAGAAGAGCCCGCGAGACAGUCGAAUGCAACUAAUGAACUGCAAACGGAGGCCGGCGAGAGAGCGGCGGGGGAGGCGACUGGGGAACCCAUGAUCGAGGCCGAGGGUACCGACUCGGACGAACUCAUGUCAUCGAUCGUGAACGUGCAGCGGUCAUGUCUUACGACACUCAACGAUCUGCUCUCAACCUCGUCCAACUGGCGCCCCAUCAUCCCCGACCGCCGACAUUCCAUGCCCUCCCCGCGUUCCCCUCUCGCCUUGUCCGCCCUACCAUCACUCUUCGCUAACUCCGCAGCAUCUUCCUCAUCAUCAGCCGCCACUACUCCGCUCCAGACCCUCGUUCUCAACCUCCGUGCACAAGAGGCGGAGAACAUGACAGAAUGCGCCGCUUCCGACCUCUCAGACGAGCCCGCGCUCGUGCACGAGUUGGAAACCCGCAUAAGCCGUCUCGCCGCGGGGCAACUACCACCUCACCAGGGAUCCCUCGCCCGGUGUCUCGUGACUCUCGUGGCACAGUUCCACAGGCUUGCGGAGCUGCACCCGAAACCCCCACGGUCAAAGCCGUCCGCAGUACCGCGGACGGCGUCGUGGAGCACAUCGCCGGCGGAUGCCACGCAUUCCUCCGCUGCCGGCAACCCGCUCGUGACCCUGCAACGGCAGCUAAGCGAUCUGCAGCUAGAGCGGGACGCGCGGGGAACCGAGCAAGCAUAUUCUUCCUUCCCUCCUGUACAAGCGGUAGAAACCGCGCUCCUUUGGACACGCGUCGACCAAGAGUUCGAACGCAUCCUCGACCUGUGCUCCGACCGUCCACUUGACGCGGAGCUCGACAUGGACCACAUGCUCCCGGAGUACGACGAGGGCGAGUAUGAGGGCGCUUUCGGCUCAGAUACGGAGCUGCCGGUGUAUGAAGCGGGCGAGGGAUACGAGCAUUACGCCGCGGACAAGAUGAAGGGCGACCUCGCGCGAAUACGCUCCCGCGAGCCGACCUCCGCCUCGAGCGGCGGCGUGAGCGAGAAGAUGCGGAUGGACCUCGAGGCGGUCGCGCUCGCAAUUGAUCGGCUGUACCUCGUCGCGCCUCAACUGCACGAUCAGCGCGUUGAACUGAAGAAGACUAAGCAAGAACAGAUGGAGCGGGCUCGUUUGGCUGGACCGUCGAAGAAAGAGGUCCGCGAAGCCGAGCGGGAGAGGAUGAGAGACAAGGUCAGGAGCAGGCUUGGGAAGGAGCGCGAGCAAGACGUGGGCGAGCUGGAGAAGAUGGUCGAGCUCAUCGGCCGCGCGUCCGAGCGGCGGCUCGUGGACCAGUCUGUCGUGCUCGACGGGGGCAUGAAGGCGCGGUUCGAGCAGGCGCGCGUGCGUGAUCACGAGAAGCGCGAGGCGUUCGUCACGCGUCUAGUACGACAUUCCGAUGCGGGCCGACUACACUCGCAAGACGCCGUAUUGGGUAGGAACAGGGCGAAGGACCCGGACGCGAUGCUUUCGCUGCCUGAGUUCAUCCGCGAGGGCGUGCCGGAGGGCAUGCAACUCAAGAUGCAGAUGGAGGACCCGAAGGCGCUGCUUACCCUGCCCGAGCUGCUGCGGGAGCCCGUACCAGAACAUAUGGUGCAGCCGCAGCCGAGGCCACCGCCGCUGUCGCACAAGAAGUCGUUCAAGGGCAUGCGCAGCAGGAGCAUGUCAGCUCCGCCGCUGGCGUGGCUGUUGCCGUCGUCGCCGCGGUCUUCAUCUCCUGGAACGCCUCCCGAGUUGAAAGAGGCGAAGGAGUCCAAGAGGUCACGGAUGAGCAGGUUGAAGAGGCCAGGCUCGUCCAGCGGUAUCUCCACGCCGCAUUGGCAAGCUGGACUGGACGCGCACUACGUCGCGGAGUACCACGAAACGCUGCAGCACGUGCUCAUCUUCUUGAACGUCCAGGGCAUGACUCCCGGCGCGAACCUGGAAGCGGAAGUGGUACCCACGUCCGAGUCGCGGAUCGAGGAGCGCAGCCGUCUUCUCCUGAAAUGCGGCGCCUCGACCUCCCCUCUGCUCGCGCUCCCCGCACCUGUAUCUCCCGGCGUGAAGGAAGUGAAGGUGAUGGGCCAGUUCCACGAGAUCAAGCUCGCCGUCACCGCUCCCCCUCCUUCGCCGGUUGAUGCGUCCCCCGCCCUCCUCGACGCAACGCAACUCUCGUUCGUCGCCCCGACGAGCUUCGUGUGCGCGUCGUGCUCACUACCCGUCGUUCAUGGUGCGCGCCUGCACGAGUACCGCGACCUGCCGUCGGAGCACUGGGCCGAGCUCGUCGACGCGUGGAUGUGCCACUCCGACCAGCGCCUGCAUGAUCAUGUCCAGCAGCACUCCCGUGACGGUUUCUGGCCGCGGGAGGGGCAGGCGCUCGUGGGCGGUAGUUACAUCCUCUUCGAAGAAUCUGCUAUCGUGCAUAGCAACAUGUGGCCGACGACCGACGAAGACUACAAGCCCGAAGACGGAUGGCAUCGAACACGGUGCAUCUGUGGUGCCAUCAUAGGGCGCUGUCAAGAACGGCCUUCUUUGCCGGGCGUCGAACCGUCGAUGGUCUAUCGCUUUGCCAAGUACGCUGUGCGGCCAAUGAGCGCAAACUCGGAGCCAUCGCGACUCCCUAUCUCGGCGUUCAUCGCGGAGGAUAUGAACGAGUUCGUUCACGCGCAUGCGACUUACCGGUUCGUCAUCUUCGAUGAGGAAGAGGAGCGUCCUCGUAUCCUUGUCUGGUUGUUCAAGCCGAGCAUGCGGUUAUCGUACACCGUCCCGACACAGUAUGUCCUGCCCAAGACUGGAUCUAUCCGCGCUGCGAAGGUGCUCUACAAGAUUCUCGACACAGCAGCGGCAUAUUCAGAUCUCCCAACUCUGUUGCAGCGAUACCCCGGCUUCCCGCAGGCCGAACACCUAUAUUACCCGCGUGGGAUCUGUCGUCGCAUCGGCGCGUCGCUGAAGGAGAGCAACACAGCGUACCCCGAGAACAUGCGCACGAUGACUGGCCUUGACGUUGGAUGGCUCCAGCGUGCUUGAGACAACCUCAUCCGUCCCCUUUUCCUCAUCAUCAUCAUGCCGGCCUUCCCCGCACCCAACAUCCACUCACUCGGCCGCGCAUCUAUCCACACAUCUUACCCAUCUCUCGCCGCAUCUCUGUCAUUCUAGACCAGCCGGUCGCCGACCGCCGCACGCCUUCGCUGUUGUAUUGUCUCACGUCCCAUGGACUGCACACACAUCUUUGUCCUAGUUCUGCACCCUGUCGCAAGCCGGCUACGUACUUCUUGUAGAAACCCAGUCCAGUCCAGUCCAGUCCCGAGGUCCGUCGUCGCACUCCCCAUAUGAUAGAGCGCGGUGCUGGCGCCCAUAAGCUGACAGUCGUUGUCGUAUAUCAUCAUCAUGUUUGCAUAGUCCCAUUGUCGCAGAGCGCCUGCUUAUACAGUUUUUGUCGGGCAGGGCUCGACGUCCAUUGCCA